AUGUCAACGCUGUCGGAGCUGAUAACGACGUGUGAUGAUAUUCCUUCACUUCAACAAAAUAUUUCUUCAUACCCAGGAUCAUCGAGGUUGGCUGGCGUUCCUCAAGGAUUAUCAACACACCUUAAAAAUAUGGAGGAAAGUCCGAACCCGGAAGGUAUUUCACAACUUAAACAACUUGUGCUUGCAAAUGAAGACGAACCUUCGCCUAUACAAGCGCAAACUUCAAGCGUGCAUCCGAAUAAGCAGUGUCUUGAAGAAUUGUUAGCUAGUGGUCCUUUACCAACAACUAAUCUUGGUCGAGCUGUUGAAAAUUUAUAUGAAGCUUGGAGUAGAUUAUUAUUGGAAAUGAGCGCAUCUACAGGUUUUACAAAUCCGACCCUCGAACAUAUCAAAGAAACUGCUGAAUGUGGUAUCCGGCAGCUAAAGGAUUCAUGCGAUGAUCUUUGUGGCGAAUUUACGAAGGUAUCUUUAUCAUGGCGACUGAACCAUCUUGAGGAAGCUGCUCAUGAGGAUAUUGAAGAUUUAGAGCGUGCAAUCCUGCGACAGGAAGCCCUUUUGACUCGUGCAACUGGAACAUUACAGCGCUGCCUUGCUAAUAUGAACGAUAAUCGGCCCAUUUAA